GGUGUAGAGAACCCGGAUGUGACUGGUGUUUCCAGCCAUCGACCCAGCAGCAGGAAACGGCUGGUGUUACUGGUAAAACACGGCGGAAUAUAACCACACAGGCACCGGGAGAGUUCACCGACCGUCUUACCGUCAGCUCAGAGGGGCCGGAGACACUCACGGUAAUCACGGUUUCUGCGGGGCUGCUGAGCGGAGUGCAGCGGGAUGAGCGGAGCUGCUCUGGGCAUCGAGAUCGUGGUGGUGUUUUUCCUGGCGCUGUUCCUGCUGCACCGAUAUGGAGACUUCAAGAAGCAGCAGCGCAUGGUGCUGUUCGGCACGCUGCUGGCCUGGUACCUGUGCUUCCUCAUCGUCUUCAUAUUACCUCUGGACGUCAGCACGACCAUUUACAAGCAGUGUAAGAUAGACCAUGAGGAACACGCCGCUGUCCCCACUGCCAGCCUGUUACCAUCCAAUCACACCAUGGCUAACACAUCUGUUACACCCACCAAGAGCGUCCCGAAGCUGUGCUACAAGCCAUGGAGCUACAUCCCUGACGGCAUCAUGCCUGUGUUCUGGAGGGUGGUGUACUGGACGUCUCAGUGUCUCACAUGGCUGCUGCUGCCCUUCAUGCAGUCCUACGCCCGCUCUGGAGGCUUCUCCAUCACCGGGAAAAUAAAAACCGCCCUGAUAGAGAACGCCAUUUAUUACGGGACCUACCUGCUCAUCUUCGGCUCUCUGCUCAUAUAUGUGGCUGUGCACCCUCAGUGGCACCUGUCCUGGUACGAGCUGCAGACCAUCGGCAUCACAGCGGCUAACACCUGGGGCCUGUUCCUGCUGGUGCUGCUGCUCGGUUAUGGUCUGGUGGAGAUCCCUCGCUCCUACUGGAACGCUUCACGACACGGACACUUGCUCAUCAAGACCUACUUCAAGGCCUCCAAGCUGAUGACGGAGAAGGCGGACGCAGAGGAGAACCUGGAGGACAUCAUGGAGGAGGUGAGAAAAGUCAGUGAAUCCAUCAAGUAUAACCAUCCGCUGAGGAAAUACAUCGACACGAUCCUCAGAAAGUGUCCGGUGGAUUACCAAGAGAAGAUGGGCAGGAACAUGGACGACUAUGAGGACUUUGACGACAAACAAAACACCUAUCCCAGUGAGAAGAGUCUGGUGAAGCUUCAUAAACAGGUGAUCUAUGCGGUCCAGAGACACAACAGGACUCGUGUCCAGUGGCAGAUCCUCCUGAAGCAGGCCAUCCACCUGGAGGACAUAGCCAAGAACGAGACCAGUUCAACCCACCAGUUCGUCCACAGCUUCCCGUCCUCUGAGCCAGCCGGCUGGUUCAGCAGAUAUGUGUACACGCCGACUGUAGAGUGGUACUGGGAGUGUCUCCUGAAGCGCUGGUUCUAUCGGCUGCUGUCGGUGGUCCUGACCCUGUUCAGUGUGGCUGUGGUCUGGUCUGAGUGCACCUUCUUCAGCACCCGGCCCGUCCUGUCUCUGUUCGCUGUGUUCAUCCAGCUGGCUGAGAGAGACUACAACUACCUGUACAUCGAGAUGGCGUGCUUCAUCACAAUCUUCUUCCUGUGCACCUGCGUUUACUCCACCGUGUUCCGUAUCCGGGUUUUCAACUACUACUACCUGGCCUCCCAUCACCAGACUGAUGCCUACAGCCUCCAGUUCAGCGGCAUGUUGUUCUGUCGUCUGACGCCUCCUCUGUGUCUCAACUUCCUGGGUCUGAUCCACAUGGACUCGGCCAUCUCCCACCAGCAGAAGGAACAGACUGCGUACACCUCCAUCAUGGGAUCGAUGCGUGUCCUCUCCUUCAUCGCUAACGGCUUCUACAUCUACUACCCCAUGCUGAUAGUGAUCCUCUGUAUCGCCACCUACUUCAGUUUGGGGACUCGCUGCCUGAACCUUCUGGGCUUCCAGCAGUUUGUGGGUGACAGCGAAAUGACGUCGGACCUGAUCGACGAGGGCAAGGAGCUGAUUCGCCGCGAGAAAAGGAAGCGGCAAAGGAUUGAAGACGGCGAGAACAGACGGAGGGAGUGGAAGGAGCGUUAUGGAAACCAGAGAGAAGACUACACAGCGAGGAACAGGAGCAGUCAUGAGAUGAAGGAGACCAGUUACUCCGACACCGUGACGCCCAGCAACAACAGGCAGGCGAAAUAUUCUCGCUCUGGGAAUCGCUCAGAGAGAGACUGUAUCGAGCUGCUGCAGGACGCCGAACCUUUAGACUUCAACGCCGAGUCUCUGACGGACGAUCCUCUGGACGCAGAGUCUGGCAGACACGCGGGAGGACGAUAUCUGUCCAUGUCGUCGUCUCGGAGCCGAAUAUUCGACGACGUCUGAAGGGGAGCUGUUAACCGAACGUCGCCGUCAACAGGAAGUGAAUGUACAACAUGACCUCCAUCUCACAGCUCAGUGGCUGUCUCAUCUCCCAGGAUGCAUGGUAAAUAAACACAGGUCACGUGUUAUCAGUGACGUCAUCUGGAAAUGUCUUUGCGUCAGGUUUCACGUCCGGCUUGUCUGCAGGUAAAUGAAGGAACUUUUGAAGGAAUAUUAAUGAUGUAACAGUUCCAUAAACCCUCUGAUAUGAAUGCACACUGACUGAUAUCACUUUCCUGAGUUUACUGUGUGAGCUGCAUGUCACGACCAGGAGUCUGAGCAUGAGCGUGCAGCAGCUGCAUGUCGACACGUCACUUUAAUGAAAGGUUCAGUGAAGGUCCACCAAGUCACCGACUUUAUUUAUGUUUGUUAUUCUUUAAAUGUUUAUGUUGUAGAUUUAUUUAUCUGUACAUCAUGAUAGAAACAGUCAUUGAUUAACCUGAGUUAUACCUGAUCGAUAGCUGCGUCUCAUGAGCUGCUGGUUUAUUUAUAAUAAUAAUAAUCUUCACGUCAUCUGAAGGUCUCAACUCAUUUAAUCCUAAUCAUGUGCGAAGCAGCUCCAACAUGACGGCUAAUAAAGUCUAUACUCUAAUAAUCUAAAUAUCAAAAUCAACUGAAUUUAAUCACAAUUUAUACUUAAAAAAAUCUUGUAUUUUACUUUGAAAACCAUCUGUCAAAAUUUAUGUGGUUUGAAUUUUCAUAUGUGUAUGUACGUGUGUAUAUAUAUAUGUAUAUAUAUACAUAAACAAGAUCUUCAGUUAAAUUACUCUUAAGAUUUUAAUCAGAAUUUGACAUGUUGAAUACAAACAACUUGAAUAUUAUUUUUAUUUGUGAACUCUAUUAAAUAUUAACCACAGAGUGUAAAUUCAGACAGAUGGCUUUCAAAGUAAAAUACAUUAAGUUAUAUUUAAGUUUCAAUAUAAAGUAUGUAGAAAGAUUAUAGUUUAACAACAAUCAGCUGCCUCUUAGAUUAAAAUAGUUUGGUCAUUGUUUGCCUCUAAUUUAAUUUGUCUUCCUUUGUGUUUGAAAGUGAUGUGAUUAUUAUUUGUCUCAUGUGCAGCUGUUGAGUCCUCAAAGGUUUUUAUUUCUCUGUUUUCUGUUCGAAUGGUUCCAGAUGUGCCAUUUUUAAACCCUGUCACCUUGAAAAUGUUUCUGUCACCCCUCCAUGAACUGUAAAUAUAAAACAAGACCAAGAGAAGUGACCUUUAAAGGACCAUACCUGUGUUUUAGUUCAACUUUACACCACUGCUGAACUUUGUUUUAAAGCUGUAGAGUUUAAAAAUGUCUUUGACCUUAAAGGAACGGUUCAACAUUUAAAUAUAUCUUCUUCUCAUAGAGUCCGAUGUUCAGAUUGUCUGUACAGUAAAUAUGAAGCCAUAGCCAGCGGCUGUUAGCCUAGCUUAGCAUAAAGACUGGAAACAGAUGGAAACAGCUAGCCUGGCUCUGUCCAAACGUACAGCCAGGAGCUGGUGGGUGGCCAUGUGAGCACUGAGGUGUGCCUUUGAAAAUCAGUCACGUUCAGCACGUUUGAAUCGUAGUAAAUAUGUUGAACUACAUAAAAACACAGGUCUGGCCCUUUAAAUGUGUUUAGCAUGUAGCGAGGUUAGCUGUGGUGCAGAUGAAGAGAUCCUGCUGGCAGGUUCAGCUGAGCUUCAGCUCCUUUAAAUAAACUUCAUGACCUGAGAACAGUGAGUGUAUGUGUACAUAUGUAUGAUAUCUAUUUGUAUUAUAUGGGCUAAUUAAUGAUCCACAGACGGUGUUAAAGUGACUUUGCAUUUAUUGUGUUCCUGCAGCCUGGUAACUCUUCCUCACACUGUAUGUUUCCUGAUCUCAGUCAUGUCUGAUGGGACUGCUGAUUCUGCUGAUCAACUAUUUUAUGUUCUCAGUAUAUUUAUUGAUCUCAGCACAGAGUAGAUAUAACUUGUUGAUCUUUGUUGUAGUGAAUUAUUAGGACAAAACAAGGUGGUGUGUU